AUGAGCGAACCAAAAGCCACCGUCGUGGUCGGUGACAUCGAGGAUGACCACGCCCUCAAAAAGCCAGAGCACGUCGAGCAUAUCGGCCAUGCUACUGCGGCCGAGGACCACGAGGAGGGCCCUAUCAAGGCUAUCCGGAACCAGCCCUGGGCCUUCCUCUGGUGUGUCUACGCCAUCUACACACUCAUGUUGACGAGCUUUGACAACCAGGCUGGCGGCAUCGUGAUCGGUAUUCCCCAGUUUCGCAAGGACUUUGGAAGCGAGUUCGCAGGCGACUACGUCCUCCCCGCUCGCUGGCAGUCCGCGUAUAGCGGCGGCCCUGUUGCUUCCGCUGUAAUCGGUUCCCUCGGUGCUGGCUUGAUCGCCGACAAAAUCGGCCGCAAGUGGACUCUUUUCGGGUGCUACAUCCUCGUCUUCGUCGCCAUCACUGUCGAGACCAUUAGCACCACCAACGCUGUCUUCUUCGCCGGCAAGUUCAUCGCAGGCUUCCCCAUUGGCGCCUUCAUCACCGUAUCCAUGACCUACAUCGGCGAGGUUUCUCCCCUGGCCCUCCGAGGAACCCUCACAGCCGCUUCCGCCAUCGCCUUUACCCUCGGGCCCUUCAUCGUCUCGCUCAUCGCCAACGAGACAGGCAGCAGGACGACGCGCUGGGCGUACCGGGCCAUCUUCGUCUCGCAGUACGGUAUCAGCGGCCUCGGCUUCCUGAUCCUGCCCUUCAUGCCCGAGUCGCCCUGGUGGUUGGUCGACCAUAACAAGAUGGACAGGGCGGUCAAGUCUCUAAACCGCCUCGGCUACGAUGCCGUCGACACAGAAAAGAGACUGGCUGUCAUUCAGCUGACGCUCCAGGAGAUCCGCAAAGAAACCGAUGGGGCCAGCUACCUGGAGUGCUUCCGCAAGUCCAACUUGCGCCGCACCAUCAUCUCGGUCGCUCCCAUGAGCAUCCAGGCUCUAUGCGGCGUGUUCUUUGUUGCUGCCUACGCCACCUACUAUCAGCAGCUCGCUGGCUAUACCGCAGAUGAGAGUUUUAAGCUUGGCAUCGCACAGCAGGUGCUAUCAAUGCUGGGCAAUAUCACGUCCUGGUUCCUCAUCGAUAGGGUUGGUCGGCGAGACCUGACAAUCUGGGGACUCGUGCUCCUCACUGUCAUCUUGAUGGUGACGGGCGGCCUCGCUGUAGCGGCAACUCCUGGCGCCAUCAAGGGAACAGUUGCCCUGCUGCUUGUCUACUGCUACUUCUACAACUGCACCAUCGGAGCUACCGCGUACACCCUCCUGACAGAGAUCGCGACGUCUAGACUCCGCGCCAAGACGGCAUCCCUCUCCCUCGCCCUUCAGAACGGGCUCUUUACAAUGUGGGCUUUCGUUAUCCCCUUCCUAUUCAACCCCGACCAGGCCAACCUCGGAGCUAAGGUGUCCUUUAUCUUUGGCGCCCUGGCAGUCCUAUGCAUUCUCUACCUCUGGUUCUACCAGCCUGAGUCUGCUGGCCGCUCUUAUGAGGAGCUGGAUGAGAUGUUUAUUAAGAAGGUGCCAGCCCGUGAAUUCAAGACUUUCAAGACCGAGGCUGAGCAAAAGUCUGGCCUUGCUUGA